AUGCUGCAGAAAGCUGCGGCAAGACGCAAGAGGGCUCAGCAAGCCGCAAAAGAGCCGCACGGUACUUCUCGCACUCAUGAAGGGACCAGCGUCGAUCCGUCAGCACCCGCGUCCACCGUGCAUUCCGGAGCCAGCUCGUCUCGAAAAGAGGGCAGUCUCCUUGGAGAAAAAGGCCAAGAUUCCCGUACGGCGGCCCAGGACAGCAGGCACACGGCCACAGAGAGCGACCGCCUUCGCAGCUGUAACGCCGGCAGCCUGCCCAGCACUUCGGCAAGCUGGAAGAAGCGGCUCUGCGUCGCCGUCGCCCUUGUGGCCGUAAUGGCGUUUGUCGCUGUGGCCGGGCUCCUGAGUUUUCUGUGGUCUCGCCAUCGCGCUAAGGAAGCGGCGAUGGCGAGUGCCAACAAAUCGGUCCCCAGUAAUACCACCAAGCAGAGCGGAGGCCCCGUAAAGAAAGAAAAACCAGCGGUUCAAGCCAUCGUCACCAGCGUGGUCAAGAUCCUGGGCAUGGUUCACCGGCUGCUUCACUGAGUGCCAAGAUGCUCGUUCUGACUGUUGAGUCGUGCGUGGGUCGGUCCAACUCCUGAGCCGACUCGCACCUCAACCCGGAACCUUCUUG